CCUUAUUAACAAAUGUUUGCACUUGGUAAUGUUUACGGUUCAGACGUGCUGAUAAGACGUAGGGGUUAGGCUUGUAUUCACAAUUUCGUAACUUCUUGCAACGACCAACAUGAAGAUUACAUCCAUAAUUAUUGCUCUAUCCUUCAUCAGCGCCUGUCGGGGGCUUAACAUGACGAGGCUUCGCCCGUACGAUUUGACCGCCGAGCUGAUGUUCAUCUUUGAGGACAUUGACCAGAACGGCAUCAUGACCGUGUUCGAGUUUGAGACCGUCUUCGACAGAUACGACUCCAACGUGGAUGGCCGCGUUACCCGUAGCGUGUACACCACAUACAUCUGCAAGUCUGACCCGGUCCAGUACGAGCUGAGCCAUUACCUGUUUGACGAGUACGAUGUGGAUGGGGACCACUUUCUGGACUACCACGACUACGACAACUUCUACAACAAGAUGGAUACCAGCGCUGACGGACUCGUGGUUAAAACGGAAUUCGUGAACUAUUGGGUUCUACUUUUCCAGAAGUACGAAAACAGUGAUAUCCACCCAAUGAGCACGCUCUGCCGCUAAAAUUACCGUCGAACACAUUCACGAACGUAAUAAUGGUGUUUAUUUGUGAAUAAAUCGUAAAAGACGA